AUGUUACGUUUACCAAAUUAUAAAGUAUCCUACCUGCAAAUACAACAGAGGUUUGUAACGAGUACAACAAACGUCGUUUUGAAACCUAAUGUUUCUGCGAAUGCUUAUCAGCCCCGAACUGUAGAAAAGAAGAAAUAUGAAAAUUGGGAGAAGUAUAAUCUGUUUACUGCUGAGAAUUCUAGCAUGAAACCUCGGUUCAGUAUGGUACUACCUCCUCCGAACGUCACCGGAUCGUUACAUUUAGGUCAUGCGUUAGCCUGUACAAUCCAGGAUGUGAUUAUAAGACACAGAAGGUCCAGGGGCUACAAUGUGCUCUGGUUGCCCGGUAUAGACCACGCUGGAAUUGCUACACAGGGUGUAGUAGAAAAAUAUCUGAAAACAAAACAGGAUAUAUCACGCAACGACAUAGGGCGGGAAAAGUUCCUACAAGAAGUUUGGAAAUGGAAGGAGAAGCAUGGACAUGCUAUAGUUAACCAGUUGAAAACACUUGGAUGUUCCCUGGACUGGAGCCGACAGACUUUUACCAUGGACCAGAAACACACACACGCUGUCAACACAGCCUUCAUAAAACUAUUUAAAAAAGGCCUCAUAUACCGCAAGAAGGCUUUAGUCAACUGGUGCAGUACAUUAAAUUCUACAGUCUCCGAUAUCGAAGUUGACAAUGUCACUUUAAAUGGCCCAAAGGAGAUCCAAGUACCCGGGUAUGAUAGACCCGUUAAGUUUGGUGUGAUAUACCAUUUUGCAUAUAAGGUGUAUGAUUCUGAUGAGGAAAUUGUGGUUGCUACUACAAUGCCAGAAACUAUGUUGGGCGAUACCGCGAUUGCUGUACAUCCUCAAGAUAAAAGGUAUAAACAUCUGGCAGGCAAGCAAGUUUGGCACCCAUUCAGAAAAGAAACGAUACCAAUAAUACUAGAUGAAUUUGUUGACACGCAAUUUGGAACCGGCGUGGUAAAGAUAACACCAGCGCACAGUAAAGUAGACUGUGAAGUAGCAAAAAAGAAUCAGAUACCAUCAAUUCAAGUUAUCAACGAAAAAGGAUGCAUGACAACUUCUGACCAGUUCAAUGGAAUGAAGAGGUACGAGUGCCGGCAGCUGAUCUUGGAGACACUAGAUAACUUAGGCCUUUUAAAGGAUGCCAAACCACACUCAAUGACCUUACCAACAUGCAGUCGAAGUGGAGGCAUCAUAGACCAUUUACCGAAAGAACAGUGGUUCUUAUCCUGCAGCAAGCUGAACAAGAAAGCCGCCACACUAGUGGACAAAGGUUUGCUGGAAAUUGAACCAAAGAAGUUCAUCAAGUACUGGCAGAAUUGGAUCGGAGAUGACCGCGACUGGUGCAUCUCCAGACAACUUUGGUGGGGCCAUCAAAUCCCAGCCUACAAAUGCAGUGUCGAUCGAAAUAUAGUUUGGAUCGCCGCUCAGAACGAAGCUGCUGCUAAAGUUGAAGCCUCAAAAAUUUUAAGAACCUUACCCGACCUGAUCAAAAUUGAAAGAGAUCCAGACGUACUUGACACCUGGUUCUCAUCAGGAAUCUAUCCAUUCGCAGCGCUAGGCUGGCCGUAUUCUGUCAAGAAAGACUUUGAGAAGUUCUAUCCCUUAGAUCUGCUGGCGACGGGACACGAUAUCUUAGGGUUCUGGGUCCAUAGGAUGGUGAUCCUCGGACUAGAGUUAACAGAUCGGUUACCAUUCAAAAAGGUUUUACUGCACGGUGUCAUUUGUGAUAGCAAAGGCGCCAAGAUGUCCAAAAGCAGAGGAAACGUUAUAGAUCCCCUAGACGUUAUUGAAGGGAUUAAUAUGGAGAAUCUUAGGGACAAAACGAAAGAAAUGCACAGAAAUGGAAUUUUGAGUUUGGCGGAAAUGGAUAAGGCUUUGUCGUAUCAUCAGGCAAACUUCAUCAAUACUAGAGGAAUACCGGAGUGUGGGGUCGACGCAUUGAGGUUCACUUUGCUGUCACACGAUAUUAAAUCUCAUUUUGUCAACUUCGAUAUUGCGAUGUGUCACUCUAACAAACUCUUCGGCAAUAAGAUUUGGCAGAGCGUCAAAUACACUCAGCUCUCGUACUCCAAGCUACCCCCCUUAAACGCCGAGUUGUCCAAGUCGAACCUCACGUAUUUCGACAAAUGGAUCCUAAGCAGGUUGUCAGAAAUGGUAGCGACGGUCAACAAAUCUAUGAAUAACAACGACUUCCAUUUAGCUACGAAGGCGAUAAGGACUUUAAUGUACAACGAGUUUUGUGAUAUUUACUUGGAGGCUACCAAACCAGGGUUUGGCGGCAAAAAUUUAGUAAAGGCGUAUGCUCACGCGCACACAUUAUCCGCAGUUCUGAAUACGUCACUAAGGUGUCUCGCGCCGUUUAUGGUAUAUUUGACAGAAGAACUAAUUCCAAAAGUGCCCACCUUCGCAAAUAACAUCGUAUUCAAUUUUAAAGACAGUCCUAACAAAUAUUAUGACUUCCCGUUUUCAGAAGAUUUUACGGAAUGGAAAGACGACACUAUCGAGAAGCAUGUGAAUCGAUUUAUGAACACGAUAUAUUUAAUUAGGGAGUUGAAGGCUCUUUACAACAUUUCAAAUAAAGAGCGCCCUUCAAUUUACAUUAACAAUUUAGAUGAAAGUUUGAGAGACGACAUAGAGAGUAAUCAGGAGGUAUUUUUAAAUCUAUCGCGGUGUAGUGAUGUAACGUUUAAAGCGGAUUCGGAUAAAAAUUAUGUGUCCGGUAUUCUGGAUAAGGACACAGAGGUGAACGUGGAAUUGUUGGGCGAAGAUGUGGAAUUGGCGAUUUAUGCGGCUAAGAUAAAACUAGAAAAGAAAAUUCAGCAGUUAAAUGACAGUUUGUCGAGAUUAGAAGCCAAGUUUGCUAGUGGACAUUAUUUGGCCAAUGCCCCUCAGUGGGCCCAAGCCGCGGACAAACAGAAAAUAGAUUUGAAGAAGAAAGAAAUAGCCCAAUUACAAAGACUGAUGUAG